GCGCCGGGCCCGCUGUCAUGGCGGCGGCGGAGGAGCCUGAGGUGGACAUCGAGGGGGACCCUGCGGCCGCGCCGGGAGAUCAUGAAAACACAGCAUCAAGCCUGCUGCAGGAUCACUAUCUUGAUUCAUCUUGGAGAACUGGCAACAGUCUUCCCUGGACGUUGGACAGCAGCAUCAGUGAAGAAAAUAGGGCUGUCAUUGAGAAGAUGUUGCUGGAGGAAGAGUAUUAUUUAUCUAAUAAAACACUUUCUGAAAAAAUAUGGCUCAACCAAAAGGAAGUGGAGAAAAGAUCUAUGAAAAGCCCACAUAAGAAAACUGGAAAAGUCAUGGUGCGCUCACCCACAAAAUCACCUGGCUGUUCCUUGAAGUGGACAGCAGAGGAAAAAGAGCUGUUUGAACAAGGACUGGUGAAAUUUGGCCGCAGGUGGACGAAAAUUGCCAAACUGAUCGGCACUCGAACGGUUCUGCAAGUCAAGAGCUAUGCUCGGCAGUACUUCAGGAACAAGGCAAAAAAUGGUGAUUCAGAAAAAGAAGAGCAAAGUCAGUGUGGGAGCAGCCUUCCCAUGGAAGAUGGGGCAGGGAUGGAAGCUGGAAGCUUGAGAGGCCGUGCAGACCCCAACCUGAACGCAGUGAAAAUUGAGAAGCUCUCAGAUGAUGAGGAAGUGGACAUAACUGAUGACAUGGAUGAACUACUCACUCCUGCCUUCCAGCAAGAAACAGGAAAAUCUGAAUUGUCUGUUAUCCCAAAAAGUCCAGUUGAAGAAACAAAAGCAGUGGAACAAGGUUUUUCAUCUGCUGGCCACAGUUCUGCAACUGCUUUGCCUAAAGAAGAUCCUCAGCACACCAGGCCAGAGCCAGUGGAUGCAUUGGUAUUUCCUGCUGUGGCAGCAACGUGUUCCCAGCACCUGAAUGGGGAUAAAUCUGUGAAUUUGGAUUACCAGCAGUACAACAAUCUUGUUGAGAAAGCUGGGCAAAGUGGACCAGUCACACGUCCUGCACAAGGAGCCGGUCAGGAGCUCAGUGAGGAGCAAAGAGACCUGGCUGAUAACGGAUUGCUUUUUCCUUCUCCCUGCCAAGUGGAUGAAGAUCAUCAAGAGGAAGCAGAGGAGCUGAAGCCACCUGAUCAAGAAGUGGAGGUUGACAGAAGCCUCAUUCUGGAGGAAGAGAAGCAGGCUAUUCCCGAAUUCUUUGAAGGGCGCCAGGCCAAAACACCAGAACGUUAUUUGAAAAUCAGGAAUUAUAUUUUGGAUCAGUGGGAGAGAUGCAAACCCAAAUACCUGAACAAGACCUCGGUGCGGCCCGGCCUGAAGAACUGCGGGGACGUGAACUGCAUCGGGCGCAUCCACACCUACCUGGAGCUGAUAGGAGCCAUCAACUUCGGCUGUGAGCAGGCCGUGUACAACCGGCCGCAGCCCGCCGCCGACCGGAGCCGCUGCAGGGAGGGCAAGGACACGGUGGAAGCCUAUCAGCUGGCCCAGCGCCUGCAGUCCAUGCGCACGAGAAGACGGCGAGUGCGGGACCCGUGGGGAAACUGGUGUGAUGCAAAGGAUUUGGAAGGACAGACAUUUGAGCAUCUCUCAGCUGAAGAAUUAGCAAGAAGGAGAGAGGAAGAAAAACUGAAACCUGCAAAAUCUUCUAAAGGUUCAAGACAAAUCAAAAGUUCCUUUGAUCCCUUUCAGCUGAUACCAUGCUGUUUGUUCACGGAAGAAAAGCAGGAGCCCUUUCAGGUGAAAGUGUCUUCUGAAGCACUUUUAAUAAUGGAUUUGCACUCUCACGUGUCUCUGGCAGAAGUGAUUGGGCUGCUCGGUGGAAAGUACUCUGAAGCUGAUAAAAUUGUGGAAGUGUGCACAGCAGAGCCGUGCAACAGCCUGAGCACAGGCCUGCAGUGCGAGAUGGACCCGGUGUCACAGACUCAGGCCUCGGAGUCGCUGGCAGCCCGCGGCUUCCGGGUGAUCGGCUGGUACCACUCGCACCCCGCCUUCGAGCCCAGCCCCUCCCUCCGCGACAUCGACACGCAGGCCAAGUACCAGAGCUAUUUCUCCAGGGGUGGUGCCAUGUUCAUCGGGAUGAUCAUAAGCCCUUACAACAGGAAUAAUCCUCUUCCCUAUUCCCAGAUCACCUGUCUGGUCAUUAGUGAUGAGAUCAGUUCUGAUGGUUCCUAUCGCCUGCCCUACAAAUUUGAAGUGGAACAGAUGUUGGAGGAGCCUCAGUGGGAAUUAGUAUUUGAAAAAACAAGGUGGAUAAUUGAGAAAUACAGAUUUUGCCACAGCAGUGUCCCCAUGGAUAAAAUUUUUCAUAGAGAUUCUGACCUGACUUGUUUGCAGAAACUUUUGGAGUGCAUGAGGAAGACUUUGGGCAAGGUAACAAACUGCCUCAUUGCUGAAGAGUUCUUGACUCAGAUAGAAAACUUAUUCCUUUCCACAUACAAGAGUGAAAAAAAUGCUGAAGGAAGUGAGAAUGAACAUUCACAUGAACUGCCAGUGUGAUGGCUUUGGAAUUUUGAUUUCAUUUUUGAAUUUCUUCCCCUCCUCUCCAUUAUGUCAACUCUUUCAGAAUUCUUGUCCCUUUUAGUAGUGACUGUUAAGAAUCCAGUGUCAUCUCAUGGUUGUGGUUGAAAAACACUUUGAAAGCUCCUGAUGUGUGACCUGUGUGCCUGAGGAAUGUUAAUGCUGAUGAGUGCCAUGGAGGUAAUGAUUGACCAGCCUGGUGUGUGGGAAGGACACCCUGUCAGGAAUGCUGUGCAUCAGUCUGCAAGGAGAGCUUGUCCUCUCUCAAGUCUUUCAGUUUGGGAAUUUUCUCUAAUGUUUUUAUCUACAAGUGCACCUCUAACUCAGAAUGGAUUUGUUCCUUUGCCUUAGGGAGUGUAAGUUUGAAUGAGUUCACAAAAGGAAAACUUAACUGAAAUGAGAGUUUUGUAGCUCAGAGUUUCCUGGUGUCCAGUAAGAAGUUUCAUCCAGUUGCAGCAAAAUACAUCUCCCAAUUUCUUUUUUUACUAUUAUUUUUCUUAUUACUUUUCCCCAUUGAUUUUGCUGGUCAAGUAGCUUUUUGGCAUAUUCUUUGCCAUCCUGCUUCUAUAUUGAGGAGAAAAGGCUGACAAGUUUCAUGACUUCUCAGUAGUGGCUGUCCUUGUUUCCAGUGGAAAUGAUAACUCCUGUCUUACUACAGGUUACCUCUUUCUGACCUUCCAUUCUACAGGGAGGUUUUAUGUUGUUCUUCUGAUCAUUGUGGUUUGUCCACUUCUAAUUGCCACUGUUUCCUGUGGAAACCAGAGCUCCUGACUGAUGGCAAAGUGAGUGUAACAAGCAGAAAAGGAUUUGUGUUUUUGAAGAAAAAUAAUCCCCACUUUUAUAUUCAGAGUCUUCUCUAUAAUGUACAGUUCAAUAGAAAAACAUUUGUUUAUAUCAGUUCCUCAGUUAUGAUUUCAUACAGGUAUAUAUUUAGAUAAAUCACUCACAGAUUGAUCUUGAUUGAGAAGUUUCCUGAUUGCAACUUGGAAAUGUUUCAUGAGCUGUACCACUGUGAAUCUUUUUAGAAAAAAAUGUGCUUUAAAUGUUGCUCUCUAAAUACUAAGGAAACUUGACUUGUCUACAGGUAUUACUAUUUCCACAUGUUUAUCUUGGGCAGAGUUUCUCAGAGAGGUCUAAAAUAUAUUUGAAAGUUUCAAGCAAGACUUGGAGUUUAUAUCUAGAGGGGAGACAAUGGACCCAAUUUUUAUUUUAAGAAAAUAUAUGUGUGUGUAUAUAUAUACAUAUAGUUCUACAUAACAUAAAUGGAAUUUUGAGAUUUGAUAUGUUUCAACUUUUUGUUUGUAUAAAGAGUUUGAAAAGCUUUAAAAUCAUAGAGUUGCAUCCCAAGGAGGGAACUCCUUUAUGGGAAGUUAAUGUUAUAUUUUUAUCAGGCCUCAUGAAUCUCUCUGUCACUAAGGGGAGGGAGCAGAACUUGAGCAGAUGAAAAUGUGAGUCCUUGAAAUUCAGAGAUUUUCCCACUUUUAAGAGCUGUGGACUCAAAGGUACUGGUGGGUGUUGUGUGCUCUCUGUGUUCAGAU